AUGUUCGAACGUCACGUCAGGCCUUAUCCUCCCGAACACCUUGCUGGUGCUGCUUACCCAGAGAAAGCCGAGACGAAGUUUGAGCGCAUUAAGCGCCAGCAGAAGGAAGCGGGGCGAGAUAUAUUUGAGCCAUUUGAGGACCAGGAGGAGUGGGAUCUAGCACGCUGGUUGGCUGCGAAUGUGGGGCAAAAGGCAACAGACGAGUUCCUUAAAUUACCCAUUGUGAAUGCGCUUCCUACCCAGGGAGUGAAAUGGGAUUGCCAUACGAUCCAGAUUGCUGGGGACCGAGAGGAUGACGACGGCCAAGUUAUGACCGAGGAGGCUGAACUCUGGGUUCGCGAUCCUGUAGAAUGUGUGCGAGAGUUAAUAGGAAACCCGGCAUUCAAGGAGGUGAUGGCCUAUGCACCUGAGAAAGUUUUCCGAGAUGAGGAAGGCAAAAUCCAGCUCUUCGAUGAAGCAUGGACGGCUGAUUGGUGGUGGGACACACAGGUGAGCGCUGACGGAGGAGCAACGAUCGCGCCGCUGAUUCUUUCAUCUGAUAAAACCAAACUUUCCUUGUUUCGAGGGGACAAGUCGGCAUGGCCUGUGUAUCUCACCAUCGGGAACAUAGACAAGUCGACGCGUCGCAAACCUAAGUCGCACGCGACGAUGCUCGUGGGUUACCUACCUGUGGCAAAGCUUGACUGUAUGAGCGAUGCCAUGCGCUCGGUCACUGGCUAUCGUUUAUUCCACUAUUGCAUGGCAUACCUAUUGCAGUCUCUCAUCGAAGCGGGGAAGGAUGGUGUCGACAUGACAUGUUCUGAUGGGGCUGUCCGACACAUUCAUCCCAUCCUAGCGGCAUACGUCGCCGACCAUCCGGAGCAAUGCCUCGUGGCAUGCUGCAAGGAGAACUUCUGUCCAAAAUGCCGGGUGGCGCCAGAUCAGCGAGGAGAUUUGGACUUCUGGAUCCAGGCCCGAAGUGCAGAACGUACCAAGAAAAUCCUGAAGCAGCAGGCGAGUGGACGGCGUGUACCGGCCUUCAACAACGAGGGACUUCGCCCAGUUGAUGAGCCAUUUUGGGCGCACUUGCCAUUCUGUGAUAUAUUCUCGUGCUUUACCCCUGACCUGCUACACCAGUUGCAUAAGGGCGUCUUCAAGGACCACCUCGUGGCGUGGUGUGUCAAAGCGGUUGGCAAAGAAGAAGUAGACUCACGUUUCCGAGCGAUGAGCAAACAUUUCGGUGUCCGGCACUUCAAAAAUGGAAUCUCGUUUGUCUCGCAGUGGACAGGCACCGAACAUAAAGAGAUGGAGAAAGUCUUCGUACCUCUUCUGAAUGGGGGCAUAGUUUCUCGAGCGCUCCGGGCGGCUCGGGCUAUCCUGGACUUCCUCUACUUCGCAUCAUUCCAUUCUCACACGGUCGAGACACUCUCACGUAUGGAGAAUGCCCUGCGAGAGUUCCAUGCAAAUAAGGAUAUCUUCGUGGAGCUUGAUGCUCGGGAACACUUCAACAUACCGAAGCUUCACUCUCUCCAGCAUUAUAUGGCAGCUAUCCGCUCUCGUGGGUCUUGUGACGGUUACAACACAGAGUCUCCCGAACGACUCCACAUCGAGUUCGCCAAGGACGCCUACCGUGCCAGCAACAAACGCGAUUACACCGAACAGAUGGCGCGCUGGCUUCGCCGCCAGGAGGCGGUGCAUGAAUUCAUGGUGUACCUGGAGUGGGCCGAGAAGAUGGACUAUGAGACGGAAGUGUCCGAGCCACCUGUGAGUGAUUUGGACUCGGAAUCAGAGUCCGAGAACGCGAGCGAACCAGAGGACGAGCUCGAGAACCAACCGCAAUGCACCGCAGGAUCUCAUGCUCAGGGUGGGCAGCCGUCCAGUGCUAUAGUUCCCUUCCAAUCCCUGCCGAAGCACCCGUCCUUCCAUUUUGUCCCGGUAUCCCGCAUCGUCGAAGGGUUCCACGCAACUUUGUUUCUUGACGCACUCAAGCAAUAUCUGCUAUCGACACGGCCCUACAACGCCCGACCCCUUGUACCCAAUGCGACGGACCGCUUCAAUGUAUUCAAACAAGUUAUGAUUCGCCGACCGGCUCUUAGGGUAGUCAGUGACGAAUCCAAGCUACAUGAUAAGGUGCGCGCCAUACCCGCCAAGCCAGGCAAGAGAGGGCGUCGAGAACUACCGCCUCAUUUCGAUGUAGCACUUGUACGUGCUGGAGGCGUGGGUAGCAAUCCCAACACUGCGGGGACUUUCCUGGACGGCUUGCAAGUAGCUCAAGUACGGCUACUUUUCCGGCUCCCUGAGCAGCUGCGCUAUCGCGGGACUGAGGACUGCCCGUUAGCAUACAUUGAAUGGUUCACGCCGUUCACAGCACGAGAUGCCGUCAUGCUCACGCACUCGGUUUCACGAUCGACGCGGCGUGGUGGCCAGCCAAAUGCGGAGAUUAUCCGUAUGGAUCGUAUUGUACGUAGCUGUCACUUAGUUCCGAAAUUCGGUACAAAAGUUAAUUCUCGCUGGACGGCGGAUAAUGUCCUCGAGGAGUGUAAGACAUUCUACCUCAAUCGAUGGUUGGAUGUAGGCACAUUUUAUGAGUUCCAACCACCGGAUUUCUAUCCUUUUGUACUAUAA